AUGGGACUAUUUGCCUCCUCGUCAAGGCGUCCGGUCGUCCGACCCACUCGUUCAAGCAUCUUCCACUGGGGAACCCUCAACUCACGAGAUGGCCGUUUCGGCGGUAUUGGGCAAAUCAUGCCAUCUCAGACGGGAAAAGACGUCGUUACGCGACGCCAUGCUGCAGGACUCCAACUUGGUCCCAAUACCGAGCUCUUGGCCAAAGGGUCAUCACGACGUGAGGGCAGUCGAGAUGAACUGACGAAAGACCGGAGGUACGGACAAAAAAUCUCCCACUCUCGCCUCAUUGGUCAAUCUCGCAACCACUUUACAGGCCGGGCUUAUCUCAGUCUACGCACUGACGGGCUCGAAGACUUGAUCACCCACACAGACGCACAGGCUUCGGUAACUAAGGCUGGUGGAGCGACGAGGACACUUAUCACAGAGACCACCUACAUCAUCACUUCACACCUUUUCAGCACAACUACCGAAGUAGUCAAAAUGUCUGAAGGAAUUUCUGGAAAAACUGACCCCAUGUUUGCAGCAGAGCCUACCACGAAGCGCUGCACCGGCGCUCGGAAAGGCCGGUGA